AUGGCCCAUCACAAACUAUGCACGAAAAUCCCAUAUAAACCGGUCUUUCUCUCCCUGCCUGCUCUCCUUCAAGUGCCCUCUGGUCUCGAAGUUGCCACUGGCCAUAUCACCAUAUACCGUCUCUUAAACCUGUGUAACCGAAUGUCGGAUAAUACGCAAUCCCGAGUCGGCAAGCGCAUUCGCAUCAAAGAGGCGUGCACAGAUCUUCUGGGCGUUCCGCUUCCAGAAGGAGCGGAGGGGAAAGUGGUAAACAUCCACCAGACAAAUAGCAACCCAUCCCAGCCCAAGUAUGAUUUGAACAUCACACCCACCGGCGCCUUUGCGGGCGGGUCUUUCCGAGCGGUCCCUGGUAAAUUCAUUGAAUUUAUUGACUAA